AUGGUGACUUCCAGCAGUGAUUACUCUUCUAGCUCUUCUGAGGAGGAUUCCAAGAUUUAUGCGGUCAAAGCACGUGCCAAGACGGAUCAUGAUAAGGAAAUAAUAAAUAACAUGCCCCUUGAUGAGCUAAAAGUUGCUCGUGAUGAGCUCUUGAAGAGGAAAUCCAGGGAGGAGAUAGUAGCCGAUUAUCGGGAGAAAAGGCCCUCAGACUCAGAUGCCGAAGAAGAGGAAUCCAUAUGGGAGCCGAUGGAACGCAGAAGUAGGCCAUAUCCACCACACAGGGAGAUUGAGCGAUUGGUUGAGGCUGAUCUCCAAGCUGAACGUGAUGAAGAAGAUUACUGGGAUGGAAUGUAUACCGAUCUCGAGAAAGAAUUCCCCAGUUCGGACAGUGAUUCCGAGAAAGAGUCUGAAGAGGAUUCUACAGAGGACGAUGAAGAUGACGACAAAUCGGAUGACUCUGACGAUUAG